AAACGAUAAAAGUCUGAGGGGAUAGAGGCUCUAAGUUAAAAACAGUAAUAAAUGAUAGAUAAUUAGAUCAGAUAAGAUCUUAGUAUCUUAAAUUUUAUCAAAGAUAUGAUCUUUUUAAAGAAAGCUGUUAUGUUACUUUUAAGAAAAGAUUAGUUAGCAGCACUAAAUUUGAUAGGAUUUUCUACAAGUGCUUAAGAAUUAGAUUUUAAAAAUAUUCACUCAAAUGCCUAACUAAAAUAAAAAUUAAGUUAUUAUGAGAUGUAAUAUGCUAUUAUGUAAUCUGAAAAAUUGUAGCAGCAUUAAUUGGAAAAGUUUCUUAAGAGAUGCCAAAAUAAUUAAAAAAUAAAUGAUAUCGAUGAAAGAAUUUUAAAUUCUUUAUUAUAAAAUUCAAUUUUUUGA